ACAAUGUUUUUUGUUUUGUUUUCUCAAACAUGAAGUUGAGACAGCUGAAUUUGGGUCGCGUGAACUACAGGGCAGGUUUAGAACUACAGUACCAAGUUAAGAAAUCGGUUCUCGAAGCUCGAGGAACGCCCGAAUCACACAGCCCAAGUGAAUGCCUAAUUACUUGCCAGCACGACCCACCUGUCUACACAAUUGGGAAGAGAUCCUCGUUUUACUCUAAGAGCGAGGAAAUGAGGCUGCGGAAGUUGGGAGCUCAAUUUUUCAAAACAGAUCGCGGAGGUCUAAUUACCUUUCACGGUCCCGGGCAGCUGGUAGCAUACCCUAUUAUUGAUAUUAAGAAGAGAGGAAUAACAGUGAAGGAGUAUGUGAACAGACUGGAGCAGUUAGUGAUGCGAGUGUGCGACAGAUUCGGACUGCAUGACACUUAUCUCCUCAAUGAGUCUAAAUACACAGGCGUUUGGCUCAAAGGGCGCACCAAAGGAGGUGGAAUUGAAAAAGGCGUGCAGACGCAGAGGAAGAUAUGCGCAUUGGGUGUGAAUGUAUCUGAUGGAGUGACCACUCAUGGCCUGGCUCUCAAUGUGAACACUGACCUCAACUGGUUCUCACAUGUAGUGCCCUGUGGAUUAGAAGACUGUGACGUCACCUCCAUCUCACAGGAGUUGAAUGAAACCUCACUGGUUGUAGCAGAUGCACUGCCCAUCUUCAUCGAAGAAUUCGUGAAAUCGUUCAAGGUGUCACAGUUCACAACAUGAACACCCUGUGAAUCCUAAAAAGAAUCACCGCCGAGAGAAAAGAAUAAACUACAUCGAAAUGGACUUGAGUAAAACUCAAAAGAACUAGCUGAUUGUAUUUAUAUAUACCCAUAUUCGAUGUUUUUAUCUGCAAUUUAUUAUCCUUUCAAUCAGCAAGUGUAAUACAA